CAUUUUAUGGUAACCGUCCUUAUCAGCUCUAAGAGGCUAGUGAAAGUGGAAAGGAACAGAUGGAAAGUGGGCGAUUGCUGUUGUACAGUUGAGAUUCGGCUCAGGAUGAGAGGCCUGGAAUGGAGUCGGCUCGCCUUGGUUGUGAUACCAAUCAAGUCAUUGUCCCUCUCCUUCCUUAGUUUCUUCAGGUGUAAAGUGAGGUGGCUCCCUCUUUGAUUGCAGUGUAUAGUGGGCCUCGCCCUCGUGGGGAGGAUGGAUAACCUCUUAGGGAGGAUGGAUAACCUUGUGGGGAGGAUGGAUAACAUGCUCUGAGUGCUUCCCCAUGUGGAGGCGUUCCAGGUUUACCAACUGCUGACCAGUGGGAGCCAGGAUGACCUCAGGAGAAAACCAAGACUGCCAAAUGUAUUGUUAACCCUAGAUGGGUCACAGACUCCAGGGCAUACAGUCUGCUUGCCGCGAACUCGGACUGUCAUCAUUUAAGAGUUAGACUGGACACUGAGGACUCUAGGACUGUUAAACAGUGUGGAAGAUGGGAGUAUGGCAGACCUCUGUAUUGAAGUCCUUGUCCAGCUCACUACUCAGCCGAAUAUGGAACAGACCAUCCGUUGCCUAAUGAAUGAGUGCCACAGAGAGCUGUGUAACCUGCGCUCCAUGGGAGGCAGCCUGGCCACCACGACUCUCCUGGGCAAGCUGGUGGACACCAUUCCUGGUUUGGCGGACGAGCUUGUAAUGGAGCACGGCAACUUGAUGGAACAUCUGUUGAGGGGCUUGGUUUACCCCAAUGAGGGGGUACAGGCUUCCAUCUGUUACCUCUAUGGGAAGCUCUACUCCUCGCCCACGGCCGCUGAGAUGCUUUCCGGCCAUUUCCGGGAGAAGCUGUGUGCCCUCUUCCUUUCCACCUUGGACAGCGCCCAGACAAAGGACCUACAGAUCAACUGCUUGGGUUUACUAAGGCAGCUACUGAAGUACGAUCUCUUCGUAUCGCUGAUCAUGAACAAGUCUGUGCCGGUAGAAGGUGCUGAGAGUGUCGAGCGGCCAUCGAGAGAGACCUCACUACCUUUGGUGCUCAAAAAGAAUCCUGAAUCCCUGUGUUCGAGCUGGGUGUCCCCGAUGGAUGCCACGUUUCUCCUGUCCAGAGAUGAGAUCCUGCAGGUGGCCAGCUCCCACUGUAUAACGGCAGUGCUGGUCCAUUCCCCGGCGAAGCAUGCUGUUGCCUUCAUUCACGCUGACAUCCCAGAGUUCCUCUUUGAGCAUCUUUCGUCCUCCAGCGAAAUCCUUGUCUGGUCCAGCUACAACUGCCUGAUACUCUUGGCAGAAGAACCGCUCUUCUUUUCAAAGUGUCACACAGUGUAUGGGAUCGAGGCAGUGGUCAGGAGCCUCCAGGGCAGCCAGCAGAUGACCAACACGGAACUGCAUACUCAGGGACUGCUGCUCUUCAAAGAAAUUCUGACUCGGCAGCCAGAGGAGAUCAGGCUGUUCACAAGCUCAGCCCUGUGCAGAGAUGCCAGCCGUGCCCUCCAGGAGGCCGUGAGCAGCCCUGUGUUAGCUGUGGCCGCCGAAGCACUGAGGGCCAUUUCAGCUUUUCUGAGGAAGGACCAUCAGAGCUCUCUGCCCGUGCAGUACAGAGCACUUCGUGCCUUGCUUGAAGCCAUGCUGAGCCGAUGUAUGGAGUUUUCCCAGACCCCUCUGAACAGGAGGUCCCUGGGCCACGCUUGCAGUAGAAACUCGGAGAAGGCCACUCUGAGAAAGGGGAGUUUCCUCCUGAGCACUCUGGAAGGCUUUAGAAAUGCCUGCAGGCUGGCUGUGGAAUUCCAAGGCGAGCCUUCCGCCCAGGAGAACCCCUUCACAGCUCCCAGUGCAGAGAAGGAAGACACCUUGGAGGCCUUCUCAGAGUAUCUUCUCAGUGCCUGUGACUCCCAGUGCAUCCCGAUGGUGAUGAGGUACUCGGAGGAGGCCACGCAUCCAAAGCUGAUGGAGGUUUUCCUCUCCAUUCUACACAGCCUCUUUGUCAUCAUUCCCCACAUGAAGGUGAAGUUCUCCAGGAAGCUUGCUGAUUCAUCAUUCAUACGACUGACCCUGGAGCUGAAGGCCAGAUUCUGCAGUGGCCAGAGUCACUCGUCCCUAAAUCAGGUGUGCUCCAGUUUCCUCUACUACAUGUGCCUCAAUCUCCUCUCAGCUCCAGAGAAGACAGAACCACUUUCCCAAGAAGAACUCUCUGCAGUGUCUGAGUUCCUACAGCAUGGACUGCCCCACAUAAGCAGCAGGACCCCAGAAAGCCUUGCCUUCCUGUCAGAUCGGCAGUAUGUGGAGGCGGCCACGCGCCAGAGACAGUACUGCAUCCUCCUCCUCUUCUACCUGGCUCACAUCCACGAUGACAGGUUUGUCCCUGAGGCGGAGCUCUUUGUGGCUGUGCAGAGCUUCCUUUUGUCUCUGCAGGACCAGGGUGAGUGCCCGCCACCAGUGGUCUGCAAAGCCUCCAUGUAUCUGCUGGCAGUGUGCGGGGACAAGGACAGUGCACUGGCUGAGGCCGUGAUCAGUGCAAUCAGAAAGUUCCUAGAGGGCAUCCCAGACCUGCGUGGGGUCUACACUCACCACCCGCUCCUGCUCAGGUUCUUCCUGGCCUAUCCAGGGUUGAUGAGCAGGUUCGGGCACCGUGUCUUGGAGCUUUGGUUCUCUUGGGAAGAGAGCGGCUACGAGAACCUAGAUGAUGACUCCUCUCCUGGGCGUACAGUCUUUCCCGCCAACCUCGCAGCCCUGUUCCGUGUGCUCCAGAGCACGCCCAGCAUCCUACUCAUUUUGCUGGACCUGGUCUAUUCCAGCCCCGUGGAUACAGCCCGAAAGGUCCUGAUUGUCCUGAGGGUGUUCCUUUGGGAGAAUGAGGAUGUCAAGGUGGGUGGCCUCAUCCGAGGCCACUUUCUGCUCAUCCUGCAGCGCCUCCUGGUGGAGUAUGGAGCGUCCACCUCAGGAGGGAACCUGCCGCUGCUGCUGAACCUCCUGUCCUUGGUGCAGAUGAGGAAUGAGUCGGAACAAGAGCUGGACAGCAUGGCCAUGAAGCUGCUUCAUCAAGUGAGCAUGCUGUGUGGGAAGUGCAGCCCUGCACAUGUGGAUAUCCUGCAGCCCUCCUUCAACUUCUUGUACUGGAGUCUUCAUCAGACCACACCCAGUAGCCAGAAAAGAGCUGCUGCUGUCCUGCUGAGCAGCACAGCCUUGCUUGAGCUCCUGGAGAAGAUGCUGGCCCUCACCUGGACGGAAACAGGCUCCUCCCCCAGGACGCCACUGCUCUCCUCUGCCUGGCUGCUCACUGCCUCCUUCUCUGCCCAGCAGCACAAUGGCAAUUUGCAGGUCCAUCGGACAUUAUCUGUGGAACUGAACCAAGUAUUGAAGGCUCUCAGCUUUCCAAAGAAGAUGUCUGCAUUGCUGUCAGCUGCCAUCCUACGAUUCCUGCGGACAGCCUUGCAACAAAGCUUUUCCUCUGCCUUGGUGGUCUUGGUACCCUCAGGGGAUCAACCGCUGUCAACUCCUGAGGACGCUGUCCUAGCUCCGCUAGGAAAGUCACAAGUGCUAGCCCUGUUAAUUGGGCUCCAGAACCUCUUGGUACAGAAAGACCCUCUGUUAUCUCAAGCCUGUAUUGGCUGUCUGGAAGCCUUGCUAGAUUACUUGCAUGCCAGGAGCCCAGACAUUGCGCUCCAUGUGGCCUCCCAGCCCUGGAAUCGGUUUCUGCUGUUCACCCUCUUGGAUGCUGGAGAGAAUUCCUUCCUCAGACCUGAGAUACUGAGACUUAUGACCUUGUUUGUGCAGUACCGGAGCAGCUGUGUCCUCUCACGUGAAGAGGUGGGUCUUAUUUUGCAAGGUGCAGCUUUGGUUGACCUGUCAGCUCUCUCAAACGAUACACUCCAGGCCCUGCAUGGCUUCCUCCUGCAGGUCCAGAGCAUGGGUCUCCUAAAUGACCAACACAUGACCCAGACCUUGCAAUCAUCUUUGGAAGGCCUUUGCUCCCGCACCUUCCCAGCCCAGCCACUCUUUCAAGACAUGCUCUGCCUCGGAGGUGUGUCUGUUUCCCAGGCUCACAUCAGAGGCUGAGCCUCAGGACAUAAAGGCCCAGAAACAGAAAACAAUGAGACCUGCAGACAAAUUCCGGGCAUAAUGGUUGAGGGGGAAAACAAUAUCAAGCCUCUCUCUGGAGCUAUUUUACACCACAGUGGAAAUGGAAUUGGGAAAUAAAAUAAUGCAUUAACAUU